AAUGUGUAAAAUAAAUCCGUGCUGAGCUACUAUAUACACAUUUUUUUGUCGACUUGAGUUUUGAUUUUAUACGAGCAUAAAAUUUUCGAUUUUCAAUUUAACAACAGCUCUGGCAUGAAGCCUACUCAGUCCGGUGGCAGUAGUACCAGCACCGGCAAAAUGGGCGAACCCAUCGAGUAUGUAACCCUGAUUAGCGACGACUCUGACGGGGAGCCGUCCCCCAAACGCAACCCUACAGGAGGCGGCAGCCAAGCCGGCAACCAAACGAAGGCAAAAUUUGACGACGACUCCAACGACACACCUGCCACAAGUGACGAGCGGCGCACUAGCCGGCGGAACAAGCCCAAAGUCGACUACACGAAUAAGCCGGCAACGGCAAGUGCGGAGAAUGCGUCCGCGUCUUAUGAAAAGUGCAGCUCCGGUUCGUCAGGUAGCAGCACUGGACCGUCGGAUAAACGCGGGCAUGUGCAGACGGAGCUGCGCUCCCGGAAGUCGGAGACGGCAGUUCAUCAGAGCGCAGCCUCUGGCACCCGCGGCGCUUUGCCAAAGGACACAAAUGGCACCAAUGGGGAUGCGCGCGAUAACAGCACCCCCACGGUACUUUCCGGGCAGGAAGGUGCAGUCUUUCAGUCACGCCUGCCCUUUAGCAAGAUGACACCUAAUGAGGAGGCGUGCUUUCCGGAUAUUAGCCGCUCGGGCAUACUGGGGCAUCGAGUUUUCCUUAACAUACGUAACGGUCUGCUGCACAUGUGGGUGGAUAAUCCCAAAACCCAGUUGACUUUUGAAAAUGCACUCAAACGACUGCCGCCGCCCUUCGACAGUGACCCGAAUCUGGUGAGACGUGUGCACUCAUUCUUGGAGCGGCACGGCUUUAUCAAUUUCGGCAUCUUCAAGCGGAUAACUCCCAUACCCAUCAAGAAGCUUGGCAAGGUAAUUGUGAUCGGUGCGGGCAUCUCUGGACUGGCAGUUGGGCAACAGUUGCAACAGUUUGGUAUGGAUGUGAUCGUGUUGGAAGCGAGAGAUCGAGUUGGCGGGCGUAUUGCCACGUUUCGCAAAAACAGCUAUAUUGCCGACCUGGGCGCCAUGGUGGUGACGGGUGUUUACGGCAAUCCCAUGACCAUUCUGAGCAAGCAGAUUGGCAUGGAUCUGGUACCAAUUCAGCAGACAUGCCCGCUGUACGGUCCCGAUGGUAAACCAGUGCCAAAGGAAAAAGAUGAUGUUAUUGAGCGCGAGUUUAAUCGGCUACUAGAAUCGGCCAGCUAUCUGUCGCAUCGUCUGGACUUUAAUUACGCCGGCAAUAAUCCUGUCUCAUUGGGCGAUGCCCUGGAGUGGAUCAUUAAUAUGCAGGACAAGGCCGUGCAGGAGAAGCGCGCCGCACAUAUGCAAGAGAUUAUUGCUGCACAAACGAAAAUCAUUGAGCACCGCAAAAGGCUGAAGAGCAUUCUACAGAAGAUUGCAACGCUCAAGUCUGAGCUUCAAACAUUGGUUAGACAGCGCGUUCCAAAGGGCGCCCAAAACGAAAAUGGUUAUGCGUGCCAAGAAUACACCAUUCGCACCACUCAAAUCAAGCUGGAAGACCUUGUCAAUGUCGAAGCGGAGCUGCGCAGUGAGGGGCAUAAGAUGGAGCUCAAGCUCCAAGAACUAGAACAAAACGGACCAAGUCAGGUGUAUCUAUCCUCACGCGACCGUCUGAUACUGGACUGGCAUUUUGCCAAUCUGGAAUUCGCGAAUGCCACACGCUUGGACAACUUGUCGCUAAAGCAUUGGGAUCAGGAUGAUGACUUUGAGUUUAUUGGCCACCAUACCACAGUGCGUAAUGGUUACUCCUGCGUUCCAGUUGCGCUUACGGAGAAUAUUGACAUACGGCUCAAUAGCGCUGUCAAAGAAAUUAAGUACAACAGCAAAGGCGUAGAGAUUGUGGCUGAAAAUCUGAAAACUUCCAACUCGCAAAUGACAUACAAGGCCGAUUUGGCCGUCUGUACGCUUACACUGGGCGUUCUCAAGGUGGCGGUCACGCAGGAAGAGGAGUCACAGCAUGGCAAUACUGUUAAAUUCGAUCCACCACUGCCAGACUGGAAGCAACAAGCCAUACGUCGCUUGGGAUUUGGUAAUCUCAACAAAGUGGUGCUCUGUUUUGAUCGUAUAUUCUGGGAUCCCAAUGCGAAUCUCUUUGGCCAUGUGGGCAGCACCACUGCCAGUCGUGGGGAAAUGUUUCUGUUCUGGAGCAUCAGCUCGUCGCCGGUUUUGCUGGCCCUCGUCGCUGGCAUGGCAGCCAAUAUUGUUGAGAGCGUGACGGAUGACAUCAUUAUCGGACGCUGUAUGUCCGUACUAAAAAAUAUAUUUGGCAACACAUCGGUGCCUCAGCCCAAGGAGACGGUCGUCACUCGUUGGCGCAGCGAUCAGUGGGCCCGUGGAUCAUAUAGUUAUGUUUCUGUAGGUUCCUCUGGCAGUGACUACGAUCUUCUUGCAGCACCAGUCAUCCCGCCCACAAGUUUCGAGCCGCAUUUUAGCAAAGAUGCCGAAGAACUGCCUCGCCUUUUCUUUGCGGGCGAGCACACGAUACGCAACUAUCCAGCGACUGUGCACGGCGCGUAUUUAAGCGGCUUACGUGAGGCUGGUCGCAUUGCUGAUUACUAUUUAGGCUAUCCGGAAGGUACCCCGCCGGACAUCGGCUAUUCUGUUACAGAAGCCGCCAACUCGGUUUCAGUUGGCAAUGUUGUAAAACUGCGCGACCUUUCGCCACGUCUUUCUGACUCGCCCGUGUCCAAAAAGUCUGAGGAGAAUUUAAACGUUAACGAUUCAACAGAUUUAAAGAUUUAAAUCCUGUACUUUUUUUUUAUAGUUGCAUGAGCCAGAACCGAAGACCCCACUUAGAAAUAUAGAUAUGUCUUA